AGUAUAUUUGUAUUGUAAUUAAAACACAUAAUAACGGGUUCUUACCGCGUUUAAAUGGGGAUAUGAGACUCCCGAUAUUUCGACACUGUUGCAAGUGCCAUGAUCACGGUGCCAUAUCCCCAUUUAAACGCGGUAAGAACCCGUUAUUAUGUGUUUUAAUUAUGAUAAUAACCGCGUAAACUUAAAACAUUGUAUUGUAUUGUAUUGAAAUAUGUACAGCGCUCUAUAUUGUUUUUGAGGAAUGUAACUUGGAAAGUUCCUAUAUAUUUAUAUUGGCUGCAUUAGCAGUCCAAUUAAACCACCAAUCCGCACUGGGCCUGCGUGGUGGUUUAAGGCCCGUUCUCCCUAUCCAUCCAUAGGGAAGGCCCGUGCCUCAGCAGUGGAGACGUUAAUGGGCUGAUGAUGAUGAUAUAAAUCUGUAGGUAUAAUCGUAUCUCCAUCAACCCGCAUUGGAGCAGCGUGGUGGAGCUCCAUACUCCCUCCGGUUGAUUGAGGGAAGGCCUGUGCCCAGCAGUGGGACGUAUAUAGGCAGUUUAUGUUAUGUUUGUUAUAACUACGACAAGUUCUUGCGUAUAUUAAUCACACUUCCUUCUUAGAAGUAUUUAUUAUAUCACAUUAUAAAUAACAUAUAACAGCUUAGAUAAUCUUAUUAUAAUUAUAUUAUCAAAAUGAUAACGAUAAUUCAUGGCAAGUAAACACAGUCGACUUCUGAAGUAUCUACUGCCUGCUGAUUCUAUAUUAAAGAUGUCGGAGAAAUACACAUUGAAGGUGGAAUUCAUUAACCCAACAAACAUCGAAUCUGAGGUACCAGACAAUCAGAAGCUGCGAGAGCCAAUUGAAAAUGAAAAUUCUACUGGAAACGAUGGAUUCGAAAAUUACGUUCCGGUGAUGACAGUAAAGAAAGAGGAGGCAGUGUUAACUAACUCCACAAGCGACCUGAAGCUCCAGAAGGUCUCAGUCACGGAGGACAUAUCGGAAAAUGAGGAAAAGAAGCCUCGGAGCAGAAUACCGAAGAUGAGGUUCAGACAGGCAGCGGAGAAGGUGAAGAAAGAAAGGAGAAGAUCAAAUGAAGAACAAGAACCACAUUCACCAGCUGCUUUACUUCGUCGCUCAUCAAUACCAAGACUGAAGAGAAGAACUGGUUCCACAACAGAAACCAGCAACAUUGAAGAACCCAAAGCCACUGCUGAUACAAACGAGCAAACCGAGUCUCCAGAAGACGAAUUCGAUAAAAUAUUUGAUGAAAUCAUUCAUACAGCUAAUACCACCCCUAUUGUUGACACAACGCUUGAUAAAGUAAAAAUUGACGACGCAGAAGAACUAGAACAUAGCUUUGAAGAAAUCAUACAUGAUUAUGAAGAAAAUAAGGUACAACCUAUAGAUGUUAAAAAAGUGAGGUCGAGGAUUCCGCUAGUUAAACAAAAGAGCUUGCCAGAAGAGAAGUUUGCUAAGAAACUUGAUAGAAGAUUGUCAUUGAAAAGUAUACCUUUCGACGAUGAUGAUAACGCACAAAGCAAUGUCGUCAAAAGUGAUGAAAAUGGCAAGAAUACAGACAGUGUCGAUGAUAAUACAAAAGGGAACUUUACAGAGACUAAGGAACGUGAAGUUAAAGAUGUGAAUCAAGUAGGACAUGAUAAAAAAGAGACUGUUAAAAUUGUGACACCUAUAUUAAGGACAACUGAAACAAAGGCUCCUAAAAAUGAUGAUGUAGAUAAAAUAGAUAUACCAACUAAUAAGAAUAAAGAAUUUGAACCCGUGAGUGAAAGCCAAAUGCCCGACUCAAGUAAACUAGUGAAACAAAUUAAUAUGGUACAAAAUAAGAAUUCUGAUGACAGUAAUAAACCUUUAGUAGCAAACGGGGGUAUUAACAAUAGGAAAUAUAACCCAGACAAAGCUGAAGACAAAGAAAGAAAUAGAAAAAUACCUGUAUUAAAAGGUAAAGUAAGUCAACUUGUAAAUAAAAUCACCUCUACCGACGAAAGUUCAACAGCAGAGACUAAGAAAGAUAUUGCGAGCGAAGCUCCAAAGAAGAAAUCUAUAAUGUCUAAGAUAGCAGUAUUUAAUAAAGACAAGGAUGACAACACAGACAGACCUAACGACUUCAGAAAAAUAAAAACAUUCUCCAAUAUAAACCACCUAAGGAAAUUAGACGAUGCUUACGAUAAAACGAACACACCAGAAAAAUUACAUGAGGAUGCAUAUGAGAAUCUAAAUUCUGAAGCUCAAACAGCUGCUAACAAUAUUUCACCGCCUAAUACACCAAUGCCUUCUAUCACGGAACCAGGAAAAGAUAACAUGAUUAAAGAAAAUGUUAUGGCCUCACCUAAAACUGAAGAAUACAUGGAUACGCCUGUAGAAGAUUCUGUUUUAGCUCAAGAAAGUGAAGAGUUUACUAAUAAAAACAAUCCAGUAGAAGAAGUAGACCCAGCUAUUGAAUUUACUAAAGAAAAACAUAAAAUUGAAGUUGAAAGUAUAGAGUUGCAAACUCCAGAAGUAAUUUAUUCUGAUGAAUCGCCUUUAGAAGCGUAUAAUAACAAUUUGAACGUUGAAGCAGUGAAUAAAGAAAUAGAAGAAGAAGUUAUCCCGAAAGGCAAAGUUAGUAGCAUAAUACAUAGAAUAAUUUCGCAAGAAGAUACUUUGGAGACUAAAAAAGAAGCUGUCAUAGAAGUUCCUAUCAAAAAGUCUGUGUCAUCUAGGAUAGCUAUGUUUGAGCGUCAAACCACUGUCGAUAACAGCCCGCAUAUGCCUAGAAUAAUCGACGAAGUUUUAAAAGCCCAACCACCACGGAAAAUGGAAACGAAUAACUAUCAAAAUGCUAACAUUUUCAACAAUGAAACCGAAGAUUCAAAGCCUAUUGAAGACCCAGAGAUAUCGCCAGAAGAUUCACACGAUGAUGAUAAUCACAAAUUUUUAAUAGAUAACAGCUUAGAAAUUCAUAGACAAGCCUCUAUUAUUGUCGAUGAAACAAUUCAACAUGUUUCUUAUGUCAUUGACGUUCAAACGAGCGAUGAAGAAAGUAACUUCAUCGAAAUUUCCGAAGAAUUUAAUAACGAUUAUAAUGAUAAAGACCUCAAUGUAACUUCGAAAGGAGUCACCAAAGAGAUUGCAACAGAUAAAGAAUUAAAAACAAAACAGAAUCCCGAUGAAAGAGAAUUUAAACCAAGAACAAAUGAAUAUUUAAAAGUAGAAGAUAGAUUGAAAAGAAUGCAGUCUAGACAUGAAGAUGUUAAUAUUAAGAAGACGAAGUCAACUGCUGAUUUACAUAUAGAAGAAGCUGUAAAAGGCAAAGUCCACCAGAUGAUAGUGAGGAUGAACUCGAUGGAGAAGCUAGUGGAGAAGAGGACUCCCAUUAGCGUCAAGGAGCAGCCGCGGAAGAGGUCUGUGCUGGAGAAGAUUGCUUUGUUUGAGCAAAAACUGAUAUCGUCUGACACGAUGAACUCGACGUCUACUUUGAGGCCCCCUGUGGCCCCGACCGUGGGCCCUGUGGCCCCCAACGCGGGCCCCAUUACGGCCCUAAGUGGGGCCUCGAUAGAAAACUCAACAACGGAAGAGGUGUCUACAAGUAUGCCGUUCAAUGAGUAUCCUGAGAAAUACAAGGCGAAGAUUGAAGGUCUGCUCAGUGCCAAAGCGACGUAUGGCGUGAUGAAGGACAUGCAGUAUAUCACGCUGGCAAAUGGAAAGAAAAUGCCUGUAUUGGCACUUGGAACCGCUUUGAUGGACCCAACCCUCCUGCCGUACAUCAUUGGUGCUGCCAUCGACCUCGGGUUCCGCGCCAUAGACACGGCGUACAUCUAUGGUAAUGAGGAGAUGAUCGGAAACGCCAUUCGUGCCAAGAUUGAGGACGGUACUGUUAAGAGAGAGGAUCUAUUCAUAAUCGGCAAGCUGUGGAGCACAUUCCACAGGCGGGACCUGGUGCCACGCGCGUGCGCAGAUUCGCUGCGCAACCUGCGCCUGGACUACUUCGAUCUCUACCUCGUGCACAACCCCAUGUCAUUCAAGGAGGGAGGUGACCCGUUGCCGAGGAUAGCCAACGUGCUGCAGUACUCCGAUGUCGACUACCUGGACGCGUGGUACGGGAUGGAAGACCUCGUCGGCAAGGGUCUGGCGAAGAGCAUCGGUGUGAGCAACUUCAACUCGGUGCAGAUCGGCCGCCUCGUCGAUAAGGGGAGGGUGAAGCCUGUUAUCAACCAGGUGGAAUGCCAUCCGUAUCUAAACCAGCAGCGGCUGCAUAACUUCUGUGCUGAUCGCGGCGUGAAGCUGAUGUGCUUCGGAACUCUAGGGUCGAAAGGCACCCCUCAGGAGUACAAAGCCACUUCCCUCGCCGCCAUUGACGAUCCCCUGGUGAAGGUGAUGGCUGCUGGCGUCGGAGCCACUCCUGCGCAGUUGCUGAUCAAGUACCAGCUUUCCCGCGGCCAUGCAGUGGUAGUGAAGUCUUCCUCCGCUGCCCACUUGUGGGACAAUCUUCAAGCACUCAAUACAAAGCUACGCGACACUGAAGCCGACGCUAUACACACACUCAACACUAACAAGAGGACUUUUGUCUUUAUGGGGAUGGGUGACACCCACAAGAACUACCCCUUCAAGAUUCCCUUUUAAACGUACAUUGUGUUUCAGUAGAAUUUUCAAAAGUUGUGAACAACAUCCUUUUGUCAAAAUGGUGACUUGAAAUUACGAUACUCUGUAAGUUACCUUAGACAUCGCAUAAGCAUGUAUAAACAGCCUAUAAACGUCCCACUGCUGGGCACAGGCCUCCCCUGAAUCAACCUGAGGGGGUAUGGAGCAUACUCCACCACGCUGCUCCACCGUUUGCUUGUAAAAAAUGUUGCUAAAACAUGUCCAUCCAUUUUCCACGGAUGUAUCAGAUAUUUCAACCCGCCAUUUUCGAUUCAAUUUAUAAAGCAACUUUUUAAAAUUUUAUUGAAACGAGUACUUUUUUUUACACUCUUGACAGCCAUUUUGCUGUUUUUUUUUUACAUUUUUUCGUGUGACUAUUGAAUAAUUUUGAUUUAAUUUUGAUCUUUUUGAUUUUAAUUUGUGUCUUUCAUUGAUUGUGUAUUUUGAUUUUGAUAAUUGUGUUUAUGUCUUAUUGAAUUAUUUUUGUGUGUCUUGAUAAAUUGAAUUUUCUUGAUGUUAGUACAUCAGUUAAUUCUGGGAAUGAAUUGCGCUUUUUAUACUUUUAUAUUACUUUGUAUUUGUUCAAGAUGUAGUAAUUAAUUCAGCCAUAUUUUCAAGACAUCGUGCGGGGAGUUUUGCGAAUCGCUUACGCGUGAACGCUUUCAUAUAACGCCAUACGUUUGUUUUUACUGCGACUCCAAAAAUGAUGUACCCAUGAUGAUGUAAUAUAAUGAAAAUAUCUUCACAAAUUACAUUUAUGAUCUGAAAUGAAAAAGCAUUGGUGCUGAUUUUCAUACAAACCUUUUUUUUUCAAUUUGACAGUUCUGAUAACACUUGAAUCUCUAGUCAUGAGCAAUAUAAUGUACCCACUUUAGAACCCUGUCGCACUAACAUAUUUGACAUUUAGAGAGACUUACAGUUUAAAAAGUUAAUGUGACAUGGUACCAAAGUGUAUACAUAUUAGUACUCGUGACCAUACACAUUAUUUUUAACGUACCAAUUCGAUUUUUCAUGUUAUUUCAAGAACUGCUCUUCAACCGCACUCAUACUGCCGCCGCGCUGCGCUUGCGCAGCUACUACUCUUGUUAUAACGAAACAUUUAUCGAAAUAGACAGCAGUACUUUUAGAAAUAUCAAAUUGAUAUAAAAAUGUUUGUUAAGCAGAAUCCGCGCCAUUUGUAAUUUUUGAAUAAAGAACGCUAUUUUGACAUUUUAAUGAAGUGACAUUUUGAACAAUUUUCGUACCUAUUACUACCCCAAUUGAAUUACUUACAUCUUGACUAUUAACUUAAGUGUUAGUAUAAUUCUUGCUACAUUCUUUAAUAUUAAGCUGGCUAUUUAGUAUUAACUUUAAGGUGUCAUUUUUGUACGACUUUUUAAAAAUAUUUUUUUGAUAAUUUUGUGUGUGACUUAAUAAAAAAUAAAAUAAACAUUUUAAGAAUAAACAGUCUUUUCAAUAAA